AUGAACUCUGAUUAUGAGCAGUCACAAGUGUUAGAUGUUGAUGAAGGCCAUGAUUACUCAAAGAGUAUUCUACCAUUUAUAAGGUCACAAGGCAAACAAAGUCAUGUCAUUCAAGAGGAAGUGGUGAAUCAUGAAAUUGAAACUCAAGAAGAAGUGAUCACUAGUGCAGUUGAAACUAAAGAACCAUUGGGAACUUACCAUGUACAGGAACCAAGCUGCCAAGCUGAUGAUGAAGCUAAUACUACAACAGUUGAUGACUAUGAACCAUUUAUAGAGGAUUACUCACUUUAUGCUGAUUAUGAUGCUGAGUUUAAUGUUCAAACUUCAUUUGAACAACAACUAGAAGUGGAUUAUCUAGAGGGUAUGGUGAGUGAUGAUAAUGGAGAGGCUUUCUACUAUGAGAGUGACCAUGGUUCUGAGGACAGUGGAGAUGAUUCUGAUGACAGUGAAUACAAUGUGGACAAGUCUAACAUACAAUUUGAUGUAGAUGUAGACAUGAGUGAAUUCCAUAAUGCUGUUGAUGUAGAUGAACAUGGAAUCUUAAACAAUCAUUUAAAAGAUGAAGGGAUUGACAUGGUUGAUGAUGAGUUGGAAGUUAUUGCCACCGAUGAUUAUCAAUUUGCAGGAUUUCAUGAAGAUGAUAGGAAGAGACUGCUAAAAGAGUUGAGUAAGUCAAGUACAUGCUCACAGAGAGGUCAUGUUAAACCAUUUCAGAUUGGACAGGUCUUCAAAACCAAGCUUGAUGUUAAAAACUACAUGAACUCACAUGCUGUAGCAACAAGGAGGUCUUUAUACCUAGCCAAAAAUGACAAAAUCCGGAUUAGGGUGAAAUGUAAAGGUGUUGUAAGUAAGCCUUCUAAAUUAGUUGAUGGUGGUGGCCCCUCAAAUAGAAGAAGGGAAAAGUGCAAGGGUAAAGAUGUAAUUGCCAAUAAAGGUACAUGUCCAUGGGCAGUCCAAAUAUCGAGGGCUAAUGAAAAUCAGGAUUGGUUGGUGAAAAUAGUACAGGAUGAGCAUAAAUGUUUGCAAACAAGGGCGGAUUUGUGCAAGAAACUGGAGGUAGGAGUGCCAUUGCAAAAGGUUGCUAGGGCAAAAUCAAUGGAUGAGCGUAUCAUUAGUGGGGAAUACCAAGUACAAUAUGGGCUUUUGAGGGAUUAUGUGUUGGAGCUACUCAGCACUAAUCCUGGUACAACUGUUCAGAUUGAUGUGUAUCCAGAAACCUCCCUGUCUAUUACCACAAGAACUUUUAGAAGAAUAUAUGUCUGUCUAGGUGCAUUGAAGUUAGGAUUCAAAUCUGGGUUAAGAUAUUUUCUAGGUUUGGAUGGUACUUUCAUGAAGGGCCCUUACCCUGGGAAAGUGUUAACUGUUGUAGGGUUGGACUCAAACAAUGGAAUAUACCCUGUAGCAUAUGCAGUGGUAGAGACAGAAUCAACAAAUAGACAAAAGGGAAUAAUACCAGCAAUGGAGAAGGUAUUCCCUAGUGCAGAACACAGGUUCUAUUUGAGGCAUAUCCAGGAAAACAUGAAGAAACAGUGGAAAGGAAAAAACUUAAGUGACUAG